AUGAGAAUUAGGGUUCUUCAAUUGAAAUCGGAAUCCACACUUCUCUUCAGUGAUCGUGUGAGAUCAGGCAUGAACUAUGAGAGAGGUUUUCCACUCCCUCAUUAUGAAAACAGUAAUUCAUGGACUCUGGCAACAGGAAUUCCACCGGAAAACGGAAUUGGGCCUCGUAGGGGCUCUUGGACUGCAGCCAUGCUUGGAGGACCGAUUCCAGGGGUUGGUGGCUUAGGUGAGACUCAAGAAAGAGCAAAUCCUGUGGAUGAUGAGGUUAUUUGUGGUAAGGAAUCGGAAUCAUGGAUGGCGAUUCCAAGGGGAAAUGGGAUUAUGGGUCAUAGGGAUUUGUUGACAACUAUCCAUCAAAAGAACGGCUUUGUGCCAAAUGGGCAGAAUUGGAAUCCGGUUAUACCCGGUGGAAGUUCUUGGUCUCCGGUGACUCCAGGAAAACCGAUCUCUCAAAGAUCAAAUUUGAUUACUGUCAACAAACCCACAAAUCAAAUUGAACAAAAUGAGAAUUGGAGGGAUUUGGUUGGAAUGUACAAAGAUUUAUUGCGAAAAGAAACACUAAAUUUGAAUGAAGUUGCUCAAGAAAUUUACCCGAUUCAAAACAAUGGAAAUCAAAAUCAAAACCGUGUUGAACAAAGGAACUUGAUCCCAAUUCUAAAUUCAACCCCGAUUCCAACCCCAAACCCAAACCAAAACCAUGAUUCCAAUCCAGUCUCAUACUUCCCUUACGAAGACCGGAAUUGGGACAAUAAUCUUUUGUCAGCUAUAGUGAGACCCAAGAAAAGCUCGGAAUAUUUUCCUUUUAUAAACACACCACAAAACAAUGGUGUUCAUGAUCUGAAUAUAAUUCCCGUUUCAGAUUCAACUACUCAAGUUCAAAGUAACUUUCUGCUAAAAAAUCAGCAAUCCCCCACAUUUGCUUUGGACAUGAUCAAUGGUUACAACUCAAAGCAAUUGCCUUCAGAUGGAUUUCCAGUCCCUUACAGGCCCUCUUACAACCUAAACUCACCACCAAGAUCAGAACUAGAUGCCGCCUCUGGUGUCACGGGCCCGCUUCCAUUUGCUCCAAUUACUCCAGAUACCGGGAGAAAACAAAUUGAAAAUCAAUGGGUACCCGCGAAUAAUACGCGAGAAAGUCAAAGUCAGAGUCGAAGUCGAAGUCAAAGUCAAAGAAAUGAAAACACAGAUAACCAUGAUAGCGAGCUGUUACAUAACAUUGUGGAAUCCACAUCAUCUGCGGUUUCAACAACACAAAAAGAUCCAUUACUUUUCGAGGAAAGGGGCGAAUUGGGUAUCGACUUAAACAAAACACCCAACCAAAAGACGCCAGCAAGGCGGAAAAAGCACCGCCCGAAGGUCAUUAGAGAAGCAAAGCCUAAAAAGACUAAAACGCCCAAAGAUCCCACCGAGACCCCGGUUAAAAGGAAGUAUGUGAGGAAAAAAGCUGUGGAUGUUUUGGAAAGUCCACAAGGAAAUGAGGUUCGUGUUAAAAGAAAGUAUGUGAGGAAGAAGGGAGUCGAAAACACAGACAGUAAAAAAACCGAUGUGGAAGAAGUUACGGGGACCGUUGUCAUGACCCCGGUCAAAUCGGUCAAGAAAAAAUUGAAUUUUGACUUGGAGGAAAGUCAAAUGAGAGAGGGAGAACACGGUGGUGGUAUUAACUUGAAUGUGAAUCCACAGGAUAUAGAACAAGAAAGAAGGAUUAACAGUGUACUCGAGAGAUCAGCAAUGAAAGUAGCACAAAACAAUGUUAAUGAUCCAGCUAUUCAUAUGGCUAAAGCAAGAGACCAUGCUUUGAAUGUUCUUGCAAGAAAUUUGACAAUGAAGAAUGGAUAUAAUAACCAGGUGGGUCAAAUGGUCAACUUGGAUGAAAGAAGAGGGAUAAAAAGACAGUUUUAUGAGCAAGUAAAUCCUCGUAUUCUAAAUGCAAUGGAUUCUCUUGUAAUGUACCAGAAACUAUUGUUAGGGGGUGAUGUUCGUGUUGACCGUGGUCAAGAUUUAGCUAGUAUUAAUCACUUGGAAAGUCAUAAGAAAACCAAGACACAAAAUGACGGUUUCGCCCCUGAAGAUAACUCAAGAGCCUAUCCAAGUGUCCCGGCUUUGCAGUUACUAAAUUCUUGCAGUCAAAGAGUAGUCAACCCGCCUUAUCACACGAUGAAUGGUGGUGGUGGGAAUAUUACCGGUGGCCAUUUCCGGCCACCCGUGGCGGCUGUUUCGCAAAAUUUACAGAAGCAUCCGGAAGCUUCUGGAAUAACUCAAAGAUCGAUUCAGGGGGGUAGAGUUAAUCCUGUAACCGCAAUGGUUAGCUGGAAUCGACCGCCUGCUACUCCACCGAAAGAUCCCCUUAGAUCUGCAGUUGUAACUUACCCUGGUACUAUGAUAGAUAAAAAGAAGACCACAACACAAAAAUCGUCCAAUCAAAUUCAAAGGUCAAAUUUGGAAGUUCAUCAGCAAUCAACAAAGCCAAAAGGCGGGAGAAAACAGAAGGUUGCAGUUGCGGUUUCGGUUUCGGUUGAGGAUGUAACGGGUAUGUUAGAAGCACUAUGUAUAUAUGAUGAGAAUAAGAAAAUGCAGAAUGCAAUUGUUCCAUUCAGGGGUAGUAAUGUCAUUGUUCCAUUUGAGCCUAUUAAGAAGAGAAAGCCACGACCAAAGGUGGAUCUUGAUCCAGAGUCGGAUAGACUUUGGAGACUUUUGAUGGGUAAAGAAGGGAGUGAGGCCAAUGAGACUUUGGAUAAAGAUAAAGAAAAAUGGUGGGAAAAUGAAAGGCGAGUGUUUUGUGGUAGAGCAGACUCCUUUAUUGCCCGUAUGCAUCUCGUUCAAGGGGAUAGACGAUUCUCGCGAUGGAAAGGAUCUGUGGUUGACUCAGUAAUUGGUGUGUUCCUAACACAAAAUGUUUCAGAUCAUCUUUCAAGUUCGGCGUUCAUGUCUCUUGCAGCAAAAUUCCCAUUUAAAACAAGCACAAAUGAGACACGCUGCCAAAAUGGGACCCGCAUACUGGUUGAAGAGCCGAUUGAAUCCAUAGUAGAAAAACACAACAGAACAUCGGAAUCAGUGAUUCUAUCUCAAGAUUCCCUUGAUUCUUGUACAAUUCAAGCUGUUGAUGAAAUUAGAUCGAGUUCGGGAUCAAAUUCGGAAGCAGAAGAUCAAAUAAGCGGAUUCGAAACCAGUAAAAAUCCGAUUCAACCAGAGAAAGUUAACAUGUUCAAUAAACUAUUCAGUCAUGACAACAUGAACACCGCCAGGUCACAAUACAUACAUGAUGUUGAAAUACCAAAAACACCCCUGAGUGGGUCCCUUGGUUUUGGGUUGUUAGGAGGAGAAAGCAUAUCUUCAUUGCCUUCGAUUAAGUCAGGAUACCAUAAUACAAGUAAUAUAAGUUUUCAACAACAAAAUGAAGCGAAUUCAAAGGAGGUGAAUUACACUUCUCCUGAACGUUUAAAUACAGCAGCCACAAAAAUCUCAAGGGAAAGAAAGGGAGCAAUUGAAGAUGAAAAGAAGAAGUCGUUUGAUUGGGAUAGUUUGAGAAGAGAUGUGUUAUUGAAGUGUGAAAAGGGAGAAAGAAGUAAAGAUGCCAAAGAUUCACUUGAUUAUGAAGCGUUGAGACGUGCACAUGUGAAUCAGAUUUCAGAUGCUAUUAGGGAGCGUGGCAUGAAUAACUUGCUGGCUGAUAGAAUAAAGGAUUUUCUUGACCGGCUGGUGAGAGACCAUGAGAGUAUUGACCUUGAAUGGUUGCGGGAUGUACCACCAGAUAAAGCAAAGGAUUAUUUGCUAAGUAUUCGUGGAUUGGGGCUGAAAAGUGUGGAGUGUGUGCGUCUAUUAACACUUCACCAUCUUGCCUUUCCGGUUGACACAAAUGUUGGAAGGAUAGCAGUGAGACUGGGGUGGGUCCCACUCCAACCACUACCAGAAUCUCUCCAGCUUCAUCUCUUGGAGAUGUAUCCCGUGUUGGAGUCGAUUCAGAAAUAUCUCUGGCCUAGACUUUGCAAGCUGGAUCAGUUGACAUUAUACGAGCUACACUACCAAAUGAUCACAUUCGGAAAGGUUUUUUGCACGAAGAGUAAGCCAAACUGUAAUGCAUGUCCAAUGAGAGCAGAGUGUCGUCACUUUGCAAGUGCUUUCACAAGUGCAAGGCUUGCUCUACCAGGACCUGAAGAAAAGAAAAUAGUACCUUCUGUACCAAAUGCAACAGAAUCAAAUCCAAUCCCCCCUCUAUUCACUACACCCAUGUCAUUACCUUCAUCUGAAAACAACUACACUUCAAAUACACAAUCUUUUGGGAGACAGUGUGAACCAAUCAUUGAAGAACCAACAACUCCAGAGCCAGAAACCGCAGAAUUAUCAUUAAGUGACAUUGAAGAUCAAUACUAUGAUGAUGAUGAUGGAGAUGGAGAUGAAAUCCCAACUAUCAAACUUGACAUGAAUGAAUUCACAAUGAACUUACAGAAAAUGCAAGAAAGUAUGGACAUUCAAGGUGAUAUGUCAAAAGCUUUAGUUGCUUUGAAUCCACAAGCUGCUUCUAUACCUACACCAAAGCUUAAAAACGUUAGUCGGCUUCGAACUGAGCAUCAAGUGUAUGAGCUUCCAGACUCUCAUCCAAUUUUAGAAGGGUUGGAUAGAAGAGAACCGGAUGAUCCAAGCCCUUACCUCCUUGCAAUAUGGACGCCAGGUGAAACUGCAAAUUCCAUGCAACCUCCUGAAAGAGGGUGUCAGGCGCAAGAAACAGGUGUAUUGUGUGAUAGGACAACGUGUUUUUCAUGCAACUGUAUCAAAGAAGCAAAUGCACAAAGGGUUAGAGGGACUAUUUUGAUGCCAUGUAGGACAGCAACACGAGGGAGUUUUCCACUCAAUGGCACAUACUUUCAAGUUAAUGAGAUGUUUGCUGAUCAUGCAUCAAGUUUGAAUCCAAUUGAUGUUCCAAGGGCAUGGAUUUGGAAUUUGCCAAGACGAACAGUGUACUUUGGGACUUCUGUAUCAACAAUCUUCAAAGGGCUGACUACUCAAGAAAUUCAACAAUGCUUUUGGAGAGGGUUUGUUUGUGUGAGAGGUUUUGAUCAGAAAACGCGGGCCCCAAGGCCUCUAAUGGCAAGAUUGCAUUUUCCAGCAAGUAGACUAGUCAAUAAAAAGAAUGAAGACAAAUAGGUUCUCAAGGGCAAAGAGGUCAAUGACUAACAAACUGUUGUACAUUCAUCUAUCCAUCAUUUAACAUGACCCAUGGCAUCAUGCAUUUUGCAUGUAACUUAGACAGGAGAGAAAGAGAGAAAAAAGUUGAGUGAUAGUGGUAUCAUCCACAAACCACCUGCAAUUAGUUGAUACAAGAUUUCUAGUAUCAUAAAAUUUUCGUUUUUCUUAUGCUCCAAAACGAGCCAUUUUUUAUCAGUUAGAACAUUACAGAAGAAAGAAGAAAGAGAUUAGUUGAGCAGUAGUUAUUUUUCUUUUUCUGAUUAAGUUAUGUAUUUUCAAACAGCUUUGAA